AUGGUCGCUUUUCGAUGGACUUCGCCUUUAACACAGGUGAUGGCAGUUGGAUUCAUUUGCUUCUGCUGCCCUGGAAUGUUUAACGCCCUCAAUUCCCUGAGUGGAGGAGGACAGCUCGAGUCCAAGGUUGGACAGAACGCAAAUGUGGCCCUUUACACAUGUUUUGCCAUCUUUGGUCUCUUAUCUGGAGCGAUCCAUAAUAUCUUGGGGCCUCAAUGGACCAUUUUUAUCGGCUGUUCAACCUAUGUCCUCUACGUAGGAUCCCUUCUAUGUUACAAUCAUACUCAGAAUGGAGCAUUUACAAUCGCAGCUGGAGGUAUCUUGGGUGUAGGUGCAGGAAUGCUUUGGACCGCUCAAGGAGCCAUGAUGAUGGCCUAUCCUCAUGAACAAGAUAAAGGCAAAUACAUCGGAUACUUUUGGGCUAUCUUCAACAUGGGGGCUGUCCUUGGAUCCGUCAUUGCUUUAGGUAUCAACUUUCAUGUUAUAGAAGCUAAAAGAUUAGGUGAUGCCACCUAUGCUGCAUUUUUGUCCAUCAUGGCUGUUGGUACGUUGAUUGCUCUGUCAUUAGCCUCCCCUCGGAAGGUGACCCAUUCUAAUGGAGACCAUAUUCUGAUACAGCCGUUUCCAACUUGGUGGGGGGAACUGAAAGCGAUCUUUGGACUCUUUUUGGAUUGGAGAAUGGUGGUCCUGAUUCCUAUGUUCCUGUCCUCCAAUUGGUUUUAUUCCUAUCAUUUCUCAACUGUGAACGGUCGUUACUUUUCAAUCCGAUCUCAAUCUCUCAACAAUAUCCUCUAUUGGGCUUCACAGAUUGCAGGAUCUUAUUCAUUUGCUCGUGUUUUGGAUUAUCAAGGAAUCAAUCGAAGGAGAAGAGCAGUUUGGGGGCUAGUGAUCAUCACCAUUGCAUUUGUGUCUACAUGGAUCGGAGGGAUCUUCUUCCAAAGAACAUACACGAUCAAUGAUCCCAAACCAAAUCACGAUUUUAAGGAAGGACGCUCAUAUGUGGGUCCUAUGUUUUUGUACAUGUUUUAUGGCUUGAAUGAUGCGGCCUGGCAGACUUUUAUUUAUUGGUUGAUGGGUGCAUUGUCGAAUGAUGCGACAGUUCUAUCUCGAUAUGCUGGAUUCUACAAGUGUAUUCAAUCCAGUGGAGCUGCAAUUUCAUGGCGGAUCAAUGCUGUUGGCACCAAUUAUAUGGUCGAAUUGAUUAUUUGCUUUGCCUUGCUGGCGGCUGCCAUCCCCGGCGCACUCUUUCUAGCAUUACGCAUUAAGGAUCAUAGCGAGGAUGCAACAGAUUAUCAUUCAAAUGGAGUAGUAACGCCGACUGUCGAACAGAAGCGUGAAGAACCAGGAGUAGUUUCUUAA